GUGCCUUAAUUCAUCAGCUGGCUUUAGUGCGUAAGGAGUUUAUGUCAGCAGCCUGUUCUCCAUGUAAAUACGUGGAGUCUGUUCUCUGUGUGAGGAGUUUAUGUCUUGGCUGAACUUAAUGUUGACAAUGGGUCGGUGGUCUACACUGUCUCGUGCUUCUUUCUACUUAUACAUGAAGAAGAUGAAGCCCCUGUAGGAUGAGAUACAUCGUAGGCGCCAGUCAGUCUGGAUAUAAAACGAUGAGCGGGAAUCAGCUGAGCAUCAGACGCUGGACGACUAAGCAGGUGGCAAAAUGGCUAAAGGAAGAAGGCUUCUGUGAAUAUGUGGAACCUCUUUGUAAUCGACAUAGACUUGAUGGUAUUUCAUUACUGACACUAACUGAAUAUGACCUGCGUUCACCUCCACUGGAACUCAAGGUUUUGGGGGACAUCAAGCGGUUAAUGUUAUCCAUACGCAAACUGCAGAAGCAGCACAGCGAUAUUCUUGAAGAACUUGGUUACACUAGUGAUAACUGGAAUGCUGGUAUUGGGGUACAUGGAAACCCUGCUGUGCAGAGCACAGACUGGUUAUGCAAUGGUGACCCAUCGAGAGACUGCGACAGUCCCAGAACUGAACUUACUGUUGAACAGCAUCAAUACCAGUACACAAAUGGAAAGCAUAAGCACUACACACGGAGACUAGAUCCUGAGUACUGGAAAACUGUACUGAGUUGCAUAUAUGUCUUCAUAGUAUUUGGGAAUGCAGACUAUCAGAUUCCAGGUCAGAAAAAUAAUUCACAGUGCCACAAAUUCAGUCCUUUUGAUUCUUCAAGUUUUGGGGUCAGUGUCAGCGGCCAUAAUUUUAGUUCCCCAAGCAAAAUUUCAUAUAAGAAUUCUUCAAUGGAUGUUAGCAACUCAAUGGUCAAUUGUUUAUCAACAACUCGGCCCAAUGUUCCCAGAAUACCAUGGGCUUUUGCAAUGGCUGAAGUGUGUGGGGUGACUCUGUGCAACAUAUGGCUACUAGUUUUGCUACUGCAUAAACACAGAUCUAUAUUACUACGUCGCUUGUGCAGUUUAAUGGGUACAGUAUUUCUCUUGCGCUGUGUCACUAUGUUUGUUACAUCACUCUCUGUACCUGGCCAUCAUCUGCAGUGUUCUGGAAAGUUGUAUGGCGAUGUAUGGGAAAAGCUUCGUAGAGCGAUUACCAUAUGGACUGGCUUUGGAAUGGCCCUGACAGGGGUUCACACCUGUGGUGAUUACAUGUUCAGUGGGCACACUGUCGUCCUCACCAUGCUCAACUUCUUUGUUACAGAGUAUACGCCCAGAAGCUGGAACUUCCUGCAUACUUUGUCCUGGGUUCUGAAUCUCUUUGGAGUCUUCUUCAUUUUGGCUGCCCAUGAACAUUACUCCAUUGAUGUCUUCAUUGCCUUCUAUAUCACUACCAGACUGUUCCUUUACUACCACACGUUGGCGAACACCAGAGCAUAUCAGCAAAGCCGAAGAGCCCGCAUUUGGUUUCCAAUGUUCUCGUUUUUUGAGUGCAAUGUUAAUGGUCCAGUACCUAACGAGUACUGUUGGCCAUUUUCAAAACCUGCUCUCAUGAAAAAAUUUAUUGGGUGAGAUUUUAAUACAUGAAGGAUCAUGCAUUAAUACAACUGGGACUGUAAAUGAUGCUUCCUCUGUAAGCAAAUGUGGUUUCUUUAAUGUCAGUUUAGUCCGCACUGAUACUGAUGUUAACUGCUAUGAGAUAAUAGCUUCUUAGUCUUAAGACUUGUUUUUAAACAUGGGAGCCAAUGCCCUCAUUUCUUAUUUAGGGCUGUUGAUACUAGGAUGCUGGUUGCUUGUCACGAAUGCAGAAGCAGCCCUUUUCGGGGUAGGAGCAUGAAACAGUUCUUGCUUUUGUCUGUUGUGCUUCCAGUCACUGGGUCAUGAUUGGAGGUGAGAUGGUUGUAUGGGGGACUAGGAUAUAGAAGAAUUAACAUUUUUAUAUUUGCAUAACACUAUCUUAUUUAAGGAAUUAUGUUUUUGCAGAUAACAUUGACUUCACCAGUGUUUCUAAAUGCAUAAGCUAAAUAUUAAAAAUGGCCCAUUAACAUCAGUAACAGACAGGAAUUUAUUUCCUUUCAGCACCUGUUUAGCAUUUCCUUUGUCUCAAAAAUAUAUUUAUAUCCAUAGAAUAUUUGCAUGGUGCUGUCAUAGAAUUAAAAGGUUAACUUAAAGUAGCAGUCUAGAUUUGCAUGGUGCUGGUGCAAAAUUAUGUGAACAGUCUUUCAAGUGAGACAUUAAACCAAGGUGCCGUCUUUGUGAGCUGGUGGCAGUUCAGGUGGGUUCAAAAGAUCCCAUGGCCCUGUUAUAAAGAGUAGGGGGAAGUACCUUGAUGUCCUGGCCACAUUUCCUACAGUAGCAUAAGUACCAUCCCAUCUUGGGCCUCCCCUGAAAAGAGGUCAAAAAGGAUACAUAAAAAAGAAAGAGAACUAAUCUUCGAAACGUAAGUGAUGUGGUCAGCUACUCAGCAGGCAUCUGCUAGGGCAGACCUCACUGACACUAGUACUAAUAGUUUUUUUCCAGUAUCUUUAUUUUAAUUUUUCAUAACUUUUUCCAGUAGUCAAUAACGAUUAGUUAGACAAGGAGAAAGAGAAAAAUAAAAAUAUGCAAUCAAAGUAAAAAUAUAGUCAACUGUAUACGCAGCGCAGAUUUCCUAUUACUCUUUCCAGUCAGAAAUUAGUAUAAAAUACUUGUACAGUUUCUCCCAGUAUUGUUUAUAAUAAGACUGUUUAUUAGAAUUAAAUAACUAAAAAUUUCUGUGCUGACAAAUAUUUUACUGCCAUUUGCUGAAGUCCAUCCCAAGUUAUUUUGUUCUGUCAAGCUAGUUUUGGAUGAUAUUUAGUGUAAUGAGAAGUAGCUAGUAUGUGUAGAUCAAGUUAUGGUAAACCGGGGGGGUGUAUCCCAUUUUCUCUAUCUAGCUUGACUUUUAGGGAAUACCAUAAUUUAUGUGAGCAUUUACAACGCCAAACAUUUGUAGUAUAUCUGCAUGUUGAUGGUUACAUAUUAAACAGCUAGGGGAUGUUGUGGGGAAGAA